UAUAUAUGCCGGCUUCUCUAGAAUCAUAACUCAGCUGGCAUCCACCCAGCAAGACCUAAUAAAACCCCAAAAGCUUCAACAGACUUGGUCCGAUUCCCCAUAGGCUAUAGAUAUACAUACAAUCUCUCUCUCUCUCUCUCUCUCUCUCUCUCUCUCUCAUAUACAUAGAUGAGGAUCUAAGAAAGAGCCGAAGUCUUGGUCUUGCAGGGCUAUCUACUCAAAAAGAGCCAUGCAAAAAUCAACUCACUGCUGCUCUGCUCAACACCACUGAUCUUUUUUUUUUUUUUUUUCCUUUCUGCAAAGCCUAUAACUCUCUGUCAUUAUGAGUUGUAUCAGAAUUUGCUUGGCCUCAUCUCUGCGGAGGAUAACCAGUGGGUGCAGGAAAACCAGAAAGCAAGGGAAACUUUCUUCGAGCUUUGAUGUGCCUGCAACCUCAUCUUUUGCAGCCAUGGAAGUCUCUAAGCAAUUCAAGCAAGUGUUUGAGGUCAUGGAUUCAAAUGGGGAUGGGAAAAUUUCCCCUCUUGAGCUCAGUGAAGUGCUCUCAUGCCUUGGAUACAAGAAGUCCAUUGCCACAAAGGAAGCUGAAGGAAUUGUGAGAGAAAUGGAUUGCAAUGGAGAUGGUUUUAUAGACUUGGAAGAGUUCAUGAAUGCUGUGAAUAUUGAUAGGUCAAGGAAAAUUAAUAAGAAUAAGAAUAAGAAUAGUGAGUGUAGAAAUGAGGAAGAAGACUCUGAGCUCAUGGAUGCUUUUCUUAUUUUUGACACUGAUAAGAACGGGAAAAUUUCAGCCAAGGAGUUGCAGAGGGUUUUGGUUAGCCUUGGAUGCCAAAGAUGCAGUCUUAGAGAGUGCAGACAGAUGAUCAAAGGGGUUGAUAAGAAUGGAGAUGGAGCAGUGGAUUUUGAAGAAUUUAGGUUGAUGAUGACAAGAAAUUAUGUGAAUUGAAGAUCAAUAGGAUUAAGUCAGAUCAAGUCACGCUAGCUGCAGGAAAGAAGAUGAGUUCAAUCAUUUCCAGGAUCAAUUUUAGAAUGCAUAUAUCUAAUUUGUGUAAAGAGUUCAAUCUUUUUCCAAAGAAAAAGGGUUGAUUGUGUAACAGAUAUGCUUUAAAUUUUGGCAGAUUAUUAUGCCCUCUCAUUUUCUCUC